CCCCCCUUUCUCCGGCUCCCCCUAUCAUGCUCCGCCACAGCAGAUCGCAGAAUCAAAUCCUCUCCCUUAUUUUUCAUCGUCUGUUUUUCUCGACAGGAUCGAACCAGUGAGAAUCCCGUCGGAGAAGCUAUUUGGGAGUUUUUUUUUUGCUUCGUUGUCCUUCGAUUUCCGCCGCAAUUUGUGGGCCGCACGAUCUGUCGAAGUGGAGGAGGACUUUUUUGUGUAUGUAUAUUUCUCGCAUCCUAGCUGGACUUCCACCUCAUGCCAUGAGAGCUGGUGUAUCGUAGAUCCUCUAUUCGCUGGCGUGUUUUUCUUUGUUUACCGUUAGUGAAACGAUCUCUCGCAACCAAUGGGCACAGGUGAGGGAAGCACGCCUUCUAAGUCUUCCAAACCAUCCUCUUCAACUCAGGAAGUACCUUCAGUGCCAUACCCUGACUGGUCAAGCUCAGUGCAGGCUUACUAUGGAGUUGGAGGUACUCCAGCUGCAUUUUUCCCGACGCCUGUUGCAUCUCCAAGUCCUCACCCUUACAUGUGGGGUGCCCAGCAUCCUAUGAUGCCACCUUAUGGAACUCCAGUUCCGUACCCAGCUUUGUAUCCUCCCGGGGGAAUCUAUGCUCAUCCUAGUAUGCCGAUGGCACCUAAUUCUGCACCAGCUAACACAGAGAAUGUUGUCAAGGACCAAACUUCUGCCAAGAAAUCGAAGGAGAAUUCGAAAGGAAAGGGAGAAGGAGGUGAGAAGAAGGGAGCAGCUUCUGGUUCAGGCAACGAUGGUGUGUCUCGAAGUGGUGAAAGUGAGACAGAGGAUUCGUCUGAUGGAAACGAUGAGAACACCAAUCAACAGGCUAAAGGCUCUAGUCGAAAGGGAAGCUCUGAACAGACGAUGGCAGAUGGUACCCUUCUCAUGAUUCUGAAACCAAAUAUGGUUUCCGGUAUCUGCUUUUAUUUUUCAUUUUUCUUGACCCGUAUAAUUAUUGAUACGGUCCAAGGUAUAGUGCCCGUGAAGGCAGUAGCCCCUUCGAGUAAUCUGAAUAUAGGGAUGGACUUAUGGUCUCCUGAAGGAGCAUCAAAGAUGAGACCGAAUACCUCCAAUGCCAUUGUUCCUGCACCACCACUAGCGGCUCGUGGUGGUGUUCCGUCCGAGCAAUGGAUAGAUGAACGAGAGCUCAAGCGGCAGAAAAGGAAGCAAUCUAACCGUGAAUCCGCAAGGAGAUCGAGAUUACGAAAGCAAGCAGAGUGUGAACAGCUUCAACACAGAGUAGAAAGCUUGACGAGUGAGAAUCACGGUUUGAGAGAAGAGCUUCAGAGGUUCUCUGAGGAAUGUGAGAGACUUAAGUCUGAAAAUAACUCCAUCAAGGAUGAGUUGACGAGGUUGUGUGGAACAGGGGCUGUGUAGCAAAUUUAGGAUCUACUAAGGAUGGCAAAGGAAACAAUUAACAAGAAAGGAGCAAAAACGAAUAGUUUGGAUCCAACAGACUCGUAAACACCAAACUGUUGUUGUAUAAUUAGGGAUUAGGUGUUAAUUAAUUACCGAAAUCACACUUUGUUGGGAUCGAGUAAAGACUCUACUUCGUUUAGAGGUUUUUCUUGUAAUAAUAUUUUUUGUUUCUUUA